AAAACGGAGGUCAUUGGAAACUUGUACGACGCAUGGUUAGAUGUGCAAAAUGACCAAAAUUAGCAUGCCCCCUCCUGCCCUCUGCAUGUGAAGCAUUUAGCCACCUGUACAAAAUCUUUAUUUCUUGAACAUGAUAUACUCCCUUUUGUCCUAAUCCUCAUUCUGACCCCAUUUAACUGGCCCCUACAUUUAUGAUUCGUGCUCUUUUUCUUUCUUUUAUAUUUUUUUUGUUCAUAAUACUAUAGAAUAUGCCUCUUCCAAUCCCCUAUAAAUGUAAUCCAUUUUCCCUUCACUCCAACUCAGAACUCAGUUCAAACAGACCAUUUGGCAAAAAUGGCUGCCUUUGGGGUCAUUCUAGUUAUAGUACUUAGCUCAUUUACAGUUCUUGGCCAAAACGAAGGCAUUGUCACUUCAGAACUAGCUCCUCAUUCCCUUGUUAGCUUCCCACCCGUUGAAACCCCUAAGCCUCAUAAUGGCGGCCAACACCACCACCACCACCACCACAAGCACGGCCAAGCCCCAGCUUCUUCUCCCUCUCACUCUUCACCACCAGUCAAACCACCGUCUCCGCCUGUUAAACCACCAACUCCACCUGCUCAUUCGCCUAGUAAACCACCAACUCCGCCUGCUCAUCCACCAGUUAAACCACCAUCUCCUCUUCCAACCAGGAAGUUUGUUGGUGUAAGAGGAGUUGUUUACUGUAAAUCUUGCAAGUACAGGGGGAUUGACACUCUCUUGGGAGCUUCUCCAAUUCUGGGAGCGGUGGUGAAGCUGGCAUGCAACAACACAAAGUACCACCUAACAGCCCUAGGCACAACAGACAAGAAUGGUUACUUCUUCAUCCAACCAAAGUGGUUGACCACAGCAGGUUACCAUAAGUGCAAGGUGUUCUUAGCAAAAUCACCAAAACCAGAGUGCAGUGUCCCAACAAAUUUCCACAAUGGACAAGCUGGAGCCAUGUUGAUCCCUGCAUCACUGCCACCACCAGCACCAAUGACAUCAAAGCCAGUGGAUUCUGAGACUGGGGUUAAGCUCUUUAAUGUUGGACCUUUUGCUUUUGAGCCCUCAAAGAAUCUGCCGUGCAAGCAGUAGUGAGGAGAGAUUGGAUUGUUUGGGAACUGGGAAAGUGAUAAGCUAUAGUAGUACUAGAUUGUUGGGAACUGGGAGUGUUUUGAGACUUUCAAUUCUUGUUUGUUGUUACUUUUGCUUUUCUUGUUUUUGUGAAUUUUAAUAUUUAAUGAUAAUGUAGUAGUGUUAGGCUUGCUUGCUUUGGUCAUCUUUGGCUUGGUUGGUUUUAUGAUACAAUUACCUCUGAACAAAUAAUGUUAGGAGUAUUUAAGAGCA